AUGCAGUCCCUUAUAGCGUUUGGGUAUGGUACUAUGGUGGUAUUCUCCUUGAUAGUUCUAAGGGCUUGGGCACGCAAAGCGUCUGCGACAAACCCCCCUUUACCUCCCGGCCCCCCUUCCGACCCGAUUAUAGGACAUCUCAGGAUAAUACCGUCGCAGCGGCAGCAGAACGCAUUCCAUGAGUGGUCUAAGGUUCAUGGCGAUGUCAUGCAACUUCGUGUACUUGGACGUUCCAUCAUCAUACUCAGUAGCAACGAAGCUGCUACUGAUUUACUCGAGAAGAGAGGUCUAAACUACAGCUCUAGACCAAAAUUCAUCAUCAUGGAUAUCAUGGGUUGGGGGCAGACCUUAGCUUUCUUGCCCUAUAGGAAACGCUUUCUUCAGCAUCGAAAGAUGAUUUCGCAGCCGUUGGGACGCGAGGAAAUUAAAUCGUACCAGCCCAUCCAGAUCCAGGCUGUCCAGAUCCUCCUGAAAGGUCUGCUCGCAAAACCCGCUGGUUAUGAAGAAGCCUUUCACCGUUUUGUGACCUCUAUCAUUGUCGAAAUUGCGUUCGGUCAUACAAUCACCUCGGAUGACGACAUAUACCUCACUCUUGCCAGGGAGCAUACGAUCUCGGUCGAUAAUUCGGGACCCCCAGGAAAUACUCCGGUCGACUUUCUUCCGUUCCUGCAACACUUUCCCUCUUGGUUUCCUGGCACAUACUUCGCAGAGUGGGCCCGCACUUGGAGCCGCGUUCCCCAGACAAUACAUGACCUUCCUUACAAUACUCUUAUUCAAGAUAUUGAACAAGGGCAUAGUAACCCUUCGAUUCUGGGUCAGGAAAUCCAGAAGAUGCUAGAGACCGGCAGUAAGACUGAAGCGCGGAUAUCGGAUAUCAAGGGUGUUGCCGCCGUCAUCUUCGGCGCAGGAGUAGAUUCUAUGGAAGCUACUCUUUCGAUAUUUCUACUUCUCAUGAUGCGUCAUCCCGAAUGUCAGAGGAAGGCCCAGGUGGAGAUUGACGGCAUCUUAGGUGGGGGUCGCUUGCCCAAUCUCGAUGAUCGACCACAUCUUCCAUACGUAGAAGCCUUAUACCAAGAAAUCAAACGGUGGUUUCCAGUCAUACCUCUAGGACUUCCUCACUUGUCUAUGAACGACGAUAUAUACCGAGGAAUGUUCAUCCCAAAAGGAUCAGUAGUAUUUGCUAAUGCUAGAGCAAUAAGUCUCGACGAGAGUGUAUACCAUGACCCUUCGCGGUUUUAUCCUGAACGGUUUCUGCCUAAACCAGACGGACGCGGCGAACCACACUUUGGUGCAGCAUUUGGCUAUGGCCGUAGGCAAGUUAAUUUCUUGUUGGUAAACCACAGACUGAGACGUCUUGUCAGGAUAUGCCCCGGACGUUUAGUAGCAGAUGCCACUCUUUGGUUUGCCUUGGCGUCUAUUCUCUCCAUGUUCACUGUGGAGGUACUGCCAGAUAAAAACGGACAGUAUAUAGUGCCCACUCCUGAGUUUUGUGAGGGCCUCGCCCACCACCCAGUUCCUUUUGACUGCAAUGUAAUAAUCCGCUCUAGUCAAGCGGAAACAAUCGUCUCUCAAUCGUGUUAA